AUGUCGCAUAGAAAGUUUUCGGCACCACGUCAUGGGUCCAUGGGAUUCUACCCUAAGAAGAGGUCCCGUCGUCAUCGUGGAAAGGUGAAGGCGUUCCCUAAAGAUGAUCCCAGCAAACCUGUCCAUCUUACAGCAUUUAUUGGUUACAAAGCUGGUAUGACCCACGUGCUUCGUGAACCUGACCGUCCGGGUUCAAAGAUCAACAAGAAAGAAAUUGUGGAAGCGGUUACAAUCAUAGAGACGCCUCCUAUGGUAUGUGUUGGCGCUGUUGGUUACAUUGAAACACCUCAUGGUCUUCGUACAUUAAUGACCGUCUGGGCCGAGCACAUGUCAGAAGACUGCCGUCGUCGCUUCUACAAGAACUGGUACAAGUGCAAGAAGAAGGCCUUUACCAAGUCAAGCAAGAAAUGGCAGGAUGAGUUGGGUCGCAAGUCUAUUGAAAAAGAUUUUAAGAAAAUGGUCCGCUACUGCAGUGUUAUCAGAGUUAUUGCCCACACUCAAAUGAAGCUCCUUAAGCAACGCCAGAAGAAGGCUCAUAUUAUGGAGAUUCAAGUAAAUGGAGGCACCAUUGAAGACAAAGUUAAAUGGGCUCGUGAACACCUUGAAAAGCCCAUCCCCAUUGAUUCUGUAUUUACACAGGAUGAGAUGAUUGACUGCAUCGGUGUGACUAAGGGUAAAGGAUACAAAGGUGUCACGUCUCGUUGGCACACAAAGAAACUGCCGCGUAAGACACACAAGGGUUUACGUAAAGUUGCUUGUAUUGGAGCGUGGCAUCCUUCAAGAGUAUCAUUCACUGUUGCCCGUGCUGGUCAAAAGGGAUACCACCACCGUACUGAAAUGAACAAGAAGAUAUACAGAAUUGGGCAAGGAAUCCACACCAAGGAUGGCAAAGUUAUCAAAAACAAUGCCUCAACUGAGUACGACUUGUCUGAGAAGUCAAUCACUCCUAUGGGAGGUUUCCCUCAUUAUGGUGAAGUGAACAAUGACUUUGUAAUGAUCAAGGGUUGCUGUAUGGGACCUAAAAAGCGUGUUAUCACAUUGAGAAAAUCUUUAAGAGUACACACUAAGAGGGCAGCUCUUGAAAAGAUCAAUCUGAAAUUCAUUGAUACAUCUUCCAAGUUUGGUCACGGUCGCUUCCAGACGCCGGCUGAUAAGGCUGCGUUUAUGGGUAUUCUCAAGAAAGAUCGCAUCCGUGAGGAAGCGGCUGCUACAGCCACCGCGGCCCCUGCCCAGUCAUAG